AUGUCUCAAUUCGCAUCUCGUUCCUACAAAUUUUGGAACUAUGCACCUUCAAUACCAGCGGCGGUCAUUUUCAUGCUGAUAUUCAUUGCCCUAACGGGUCUUGUUUCUUGGAAGCUUUUCAAAACCAGGACGUGGUUUUGUAUAGCAUUUGCCCUGGGUGGCUUGUUCGAGAUCAUAGGUUACAUCGGCCGCUGCAUUGCACACAAUAACACAACUACAAUGGGACCAUACAUCGUCGCCAACAUGUUCAUUCUUCUCGGUCCUACCCUCUUUGCCGCAUCUAUCUACAUGACCCUCGGCCGAGUCAUCCGUCGAGUUCAAGGAGAACAUCUGUCUGUCAUUCGAGUCUCACGUCUUACAAAAACAUUUGUCUGGGGCGAUGUGUUGUCCUUCGUCGUCCAGGGAAAUUCUUCAUCUCUCUCAGUUCUGGGAUACGCGCAGUGGGGAAAGGUUUGCGUCAUUGCCGGUUUGGCAAUUCAACUCAUCUCGUUUUCCCUCUUCUGGGUAACGGCCAUCAUUUUUGCAAAGCGUCUUCGUCGUACACCCACGCCCGAGUGUCUCAAGCCUGGUAUUCCAUGGCAACGAUCGUUGCAUAUGCUAUAUGCUGUCAGUGCCCUCAUUCUGGUCCGUUCUAUUUUCCGGAUUGUUGAAUAUAUCAUGGACAAUGACGGUUAUCUUCUUAUGCAUGAGUGGACAAUGUAUGUUUUUGAUAGUGUGCCUAUGGCUGCUGUUAUGGUCAUCUUCUUUAUUUGGUAUCCUAACCAAAUGAGCCUUAAUGCGGAUUUCGAGAGAAGCAUACCCCUUGCACACAGCUAUUCCGAGCAUGACCUCUCCGAAUCAAACCUCUCUCCAUCAUUGUGCUCGGCCCAUGCUUUUUCAUAUCCUCACAUACCAGGCGCCGAAGUGCUAUCGCUACAAGCUGCCCAAGUCUCAAAUGUAUCCAAGUACAUACCCGAAUGGUACUACUACAAUCAUGGCAGCGUAACAGCCCAAAACCUCAACUUCUGCAAUGUCACAGUAACCUACAAACACACCGCCAAAAACAACACUAUCAACGUCGGCAUCCUUCUACCCAGUGACUCGUGGAACGAGCGACUCCAAGGAAUCGGAGGAAACGGCUACACAGCCGGCCUCACCUCCACAACAGAAUAUGGAAUGAUCGCAGCAGCUGCUGAAGGAUACGUCGCCGUUUCCACAGAUGGCGGCCAUACAACCGACGACCCUGCAGACUGGGGUCUGGAAAACGGAAUGCCAGACUACGAGACCAUGUACAACUUCGGCAUUGCUUCUCUCGGCGAUGCAGCAAUCAUCGGAAAGAGCAUAGCAGAGAGUGCAUAUGGAUCGAAACCCAAAUACUCUUAUUGGACUGGAUGCUCGCAAGGUGGUCGACAGGGUCUGGCCCUCGCACAGCAGUAUCCAGAAGCAUAUGAUGGGAUUGUUGCUUCUGCUCCUGCAAUUAAUUGGCCCCAAUUCUCGGUGGCAGGGUAUUGGGUUCAGUUUGUCAUGAAUCAGCUAGAUGAAUACCCAUAUCCCUGCGAGAUUAACGCUGUGACAGAUGCUGCACUCUCUGCCUGCGACAGCGCUGAUGGUGUCGUGGAUGGUAUAAGCUCGGACCGGGAUUGUGUCUUUGAUCCGUUUAUUUUAGUGGGCACACAAAUCAACUGCAGUGACACUGGAUCGCAGUUGAGAAUCUCGGCUGGUACGGCGGAGAUUGUUAAUGCUACUUGGACUGGAGCACGGGACGAACAGGGCAACUUCUUGUGGUAUGGGUUCAAUCCUGGUACUGCAUUGACAGGAGAAAAUACACCGGUAAAUACAAAAUGUGUCAACGGGUCAUGCACGGCGGUAUCCAGCCAGCUAUAUGAUCGAUGGGCUCAGGUGUUUGUCGAGCAUAACUUGAACUUCACCCUGCGGAAUAUCACACACGGAGAAUAUGACCAUAUUUUCCGAAAGUCUGUCCAGCAAUGGAAUUUGGUGUUUGGAACUAAUAACCCAGAUCUGUCAAGAUUCCGUGAUGCUGGUGGCAAGAUGCUAACAUAUCAUGGUCUGAUGGACGAAGUGAUCCCUCCCAAUGGCACGAGAUCAUACUACGAGGCGAUAGCUGCCGGUGACUCGAGUGUUCAUGAGUACUACAAGUUGUUCGAGGCUCCAAUGAUGGGGCACUGUUUUGGGACGAAAGGAGGAUAUCCUUCUACUAUGUUUGACAGCCUUGUCGCUUGGGUCGAGUCUGGCGAUGCUCCUACAAGUCUUCCAGUUAAAUACACUCCAGAAGAUGGGAAGACGUAUGAUAGAAUCCUGUGUCCAUACCCACAGCGAGUGAAGUACAGAGGUACCGGGGAUGCAACUUCUGCCGAUGCAUUUCAUUGUGCAGAAUGA